UAUUUCAUCCCAUCACUCUCUCUCUCUCUCUCCGUCUGUCUCUCUCACACACACACACUCCCCACAUUCCCUUUCCCUUUGAUACUGCUGCUGCUGCAUAUGGAAAGCAGACGCCACUCACGGAAACUGCUAUAAUUUCCCAGCGAUUCCCUCGAAAUUCCGGGCGAUUUCGCCGCUUAGGGUUUGGAAUAUGAUUUGCGCCUUGAUUGAUUUGAACACCGUCAACAAUGAAGACGACGCCGCAACGUCUUCCGGUUCUCCUUCGACGUCGUCGGCGGCCUCGGCGAGUUUGGAAUCGCCGCCGACUGAGGUCUGUAUGGAGCUCUGGCACGCCUGCGCCGGACCGCUAAUUUCCCUGCCGAAGAAAGGAACCGGCGUGGUCUACUUCCCCCAAGGCCACCUGGAGCACCUCCCGGAGCAUCCCGCCGUCGCCUACGAUCUCCCCCCUCACGUGUUCUGCCGCGUCAUCGAUGUGCAGCUCCAUGCGGAUGCGGCAAGCGAUGAAAUUUAUGCUCAAGUUUCACUGGUUCCAGAUCAACAGAUGGAUAAGAAAUGGAGAGAUGGCGUCAUCGGAGAGGCUGAGGAUGAAGAUCAGGAAGGUGUAGAGAAGUCCAUGACACCCCAUAUGUUCUGUAAAACGCUUACCGCCUCCGAUACGAGCACGCACGGAGGCUUCUCGGUUCCCCGUCGUGCCGCUGAGGACUGCUUUCCUCCUCUGGAUUAUAAGCAGCAGAGACCUUCACAGGAGCUAGUGGCGAAGGACUUGCACGGUAUCGAGUGGAAAUUCCGGCAUAUUUACCGAGGCCAGCCUCGCCGACACUUGCUUACUACUGGUUGGAGCGCCUUUGUCAAUAAGAAAAAGCUCGUGUCCGGAGAUGCCGUGCUUUUUCUAAGAGGUGGUGAUGGAAUACUAAGGCUUGGUAUUCGUCGAGCCGUGAACAUUAAAUUUGGCGCGACAAUCCUCCCUCCUAAGAGCCAUCAGUUUGCUGGUAGCAGUGUUGCUGCGAUCGUAAAUGCUAUAUCGAUGCAGACCUCAUUUAGCAUUUGUUAUAACCCGAGGGCUCGUUCAUCUGAGAUUAUCAUACCUUACCAUAAGUUCUCUAGAAGCAUUCUGUGUUCUUUGUCAUGCGGAAUGAGGUUCAAAAUUCGUUACGAGACUGAUGACUCGUCCGAAAGAAGUGGCCUCAUUGUUGGGAUUGGUGACGUCGAUCCUACACGAUGGCCCGGCUCAAAAUGGAAAUGCCUAGUCGUUCGAUGGGACGACACGGAGGGCAAUCGCCUCAGUAGGGUCUCGCCAUGGGAGAUUGAGCUAACUGGCUCUCUCUCGGCGCCCAACAACUCUUUGUUACCGGGCUCCAAGAGAAGUCGGGCCGGAUUUUCUGCUUCAAAGCCAGAUUAUCCGCUUCCCAGAGAUGGGAAUGAAGUUUGCAACUUUGGUGAGCCUUUGAGGUUCCAGAAGGUCUUGCAAGGUCAAGAAGUAUUCAGUUUCGGUACUCCGUUUUUCGGAGUGGAAGCCUCCCGGCUACACCCGACGGGUAUGCGGUGCUAUCCUGGUUCCCGAAUUCACCCCGGGGGAAGCCGGAGUCCCUUCGAGCGAACCCUGCUCGAUGAAUCCUUUCAAUUCCCUAAGGUCUUGCAAGGUCAAGAAACUAUGCCUAUCCUCUCAUACGGCAGAGGCGGCAGCGGUGCCGAUUCUAAUCAGGCACCGGGACACAACGCUGCUGUGAAUACAAUCAAUGGCUUUCGGGUGCCGCCGAAUCAUGCAAAUUGCUGGUCUAGUCCUCGGAACCAGGUUUACACCGCUCCCCAAGUUAUGCCGCCUUCGUUCUUGCCGUCACCGAUGUCGCCUCCGUCCGGGCUAAUAUUGCAGCAAUCUUACUCGGACAUAGCGUACAACAAUCAGGACAAGAUUAAUAGAUGGGAACAAGACUACAGCGGCAGCCAAAUUCCGGCGGUUCCAAGGCCGGCAUUUGUUAGAGAAAACGAUCAAAGUAGUAGCUGCCGGCUAUUCGGGUUUUCCCUGAGGGAAGAAAAGGACACAGCAGCGAGCGGCGCCGAGGAGUGCCGCCCGACGGUAAUGGCGAGCAGCUGCACUAAAGGAAGCGACAUGCAUGUGGUAAGAGACCGACUUCUUGAUAUUGCACUUUAAGGCCUCCUAUUAACUAACUAGUCUACUUCUGUUCUGUGAUUUUUAUGCAAGAAAACAGAACUUGCUCGUGGGAUGUUUUAUAAAUUAUAUAUAUAUAUAUAUAUAGAGAGAGAGAGAGAGAGAGAGAGAGAGAUGUUAUUAUGUGCCUGUAUUUUGUUUGUGCUGCUGUUUUAAUUUCAUCGGAAUCUGUUCAUGGAUCUGUUUCUCUAUGUUCGUUUCAAUGGUCCUGUCUGAUCCAGACAAGAGCUAGCCUAGUCUAGCCUGUGUGUGUGUGGAAGCUGCAGAAUUAAUCAGAGCAUGUUGGGAAUUGAGUGUGUUGAUUU